AUGCCGGACACAGAACAGACGUCUGAAGCUGCGGCAAGCGGAUCGAGCAUCAGUGAAUCAGCCGCCAGGAUGGAAGCCGUCAGAACAGGAGCCCGGCCGAAAACGUCCAAGCCGGCAUCGACAAAAGUCGGGGCGAGGCGACAGAAGAAACGGACGAAAGAGGCGGCUCCACGUCCCGCUGAACCGCCAUCGAAGCCGGACGACUCGGACCAAGAGGCAACGCGAGGACGGACUCGACACCGAGAACGCCGUGGCAGAAGUGAUUCGAAACAGGAGAGCGCGAGGCGGGACACAGCGGCCAGUAGUGGCGGUGGAGACAAAGGGGAGACGGGAGACGGGGAGGGGACGGUGCCGGUUCCGCAGGGAGGGUUCGAUUCCGUGGCGAGGAAUCUAGAGGCCAAGUUGACUGCCAUCUGUGAGAAACACGAACAGGAUAAGAGGGAGUUUGACAUGCGGCCAGGGCUGGCAUGGUUUGUUCGAGCAGCCGUGGAGGGGAAUACGCUAGAAGGUCCAGAUUUUGCUGUACAAUUUGGUAGCUUGUACGAAGCCGUGAUGUCAUAUCUAGACGCCCUGUCCCGGCUGGACGCCUUGUACAGUGUUGCGGAAAAACUGGAAGCAACCGAGAAACGCGUGCGCCAAUCAGCAGGUCCCAGAGAAGACUCAGAUGCUGACGCCACAAACAGAGAUGAUGAAGGGGGAGCAGAAGGGGCUGUCCUGGACACGCCACUAGGAAUUACCGCCCAAAGGAUUCGGCAGAAAAUAAAGGAAACAGAGUCACGUGUCUUGACGCUGACGAGGGCCAUCACAACGGUGCGAUCCCAUAUAGUCAUUGCCUACCAUGCGCCUCCGCCACCGAGUUUUGUUUUCCCACGUGGAAUAGCACCGCCAGAGCUGCUGACAUCGGAGGGAGUCACUGAUGUGACAGAGCUUGACAUCGCAGCGUUUCCAAAUCUUGUCGCCGCGUUGCAACUUGUCAGACGCCAGCUCAGUGAGUGGAAACAGUCAUUCAAAGAGAUAAGGUGUCGUCUCUUGACGAACUGGUGGGUUGUUCCUGACGACCUCAACGAGGCACUGCGGGAGCGAUCGCUGACGAAACUAGUGUUCGACCUCGCAGCCGCGAAUACCAUAAGGAACUUCUUAGAGAAGCAGCGCGAUAUCUGGAAGCUGCAGGAUCGAGCGCGUGUUGAGGCAGAUGCGCAGAGAAGGAAACAAUAUGAGGAAGCAUCGGACCUCCUCGAUAUCAUGAUCGAGGAAGAGAGACAGGCUAUAUUCGACUGCAUUGAUCAGUAUGGACUACGCCUUUGGCAGUCGGCAAGGGCACGCGUGAAGCAUGGCAAGGGUCCCUGGAUGUCUCCUCCAAAUCACGGGCACUGCCCCGAAAUACGCGCCAUCCUGGAGGCGCCGGACCGACCGAGUGCAGGCAGUUCCGAGUAAGACGUCGCCGCCGCCAACUGUUAUUUCUCCUGGAUCUUGGAGUCAGUGCCAAAACGACGGCGUCCCUGGCUGUUUACCCCAUGCGCAGGAGGUGGGAAACCAAGACGUCCAGAUACUCAGAUCAGUGUGUAGGAAUGCAAACCGCAUUGAAACCGUGUUGGGAAACUUCUGAAUCAAGGCACGCUGUAGAGUCGACAAAAAACAACUCAGGUCGCAUAUGACAUGGGGUCCGUCGCGCAGUUGCGGCGCACAGAACUGGCAACAUGGGAGGUGCAGGCGAGAUACAAAAACCCCUUUAGUGCGGCUUAUGUGAUUUUACAGCCACGUGUUUGCUUACCACGCAAGUUCCGCUGCCGUUCGUCGCAGUGCGGACCACUAGGCGUUUCUUGAUUUUUUCGCCAUAGACCGUGGCUCACUCGAGCGGUGAUGAUGGAAAAUGAAAUGCCACCGUGGACUUUUGUGCAUGCCUGUGGCUGGUAUUGGAGGCCUCAGAAGUCCCCAAUUCACUCGGUGGGGGUAGGGAUCGCAGCGCCGGCGCGGAACCUGUGGAACACCAUGGGGAGGGUGAUGUACAGAACACGCAGGAGUGAACAACGGAGUAAAAAGAAACAGAUGCAAGUAAAGGACGGGGAAUAUAAUGAGAUUGGAAGGGGGGGCCAACGGCAAGCGAGACGAAACGGCGAGACAAGACGCAGUUGAAUGGUCAGACGGAUAGACACAGGGGACUGAUGGUACAGAUCUGUCGAACUUCGAGCUGGGCUUUUUGCCCGGGACAGGAGCAGCAAAUCCCGGGCUCGAAUACGCAACCACCCAAAUGUGGCAUGCAGCACCAAGGAAGCAAUCAAGUCGUCUUUCUUUCGUGAAUCGCGAGCGGACAGCAUGUAGCUCCCGGGGAGGCUCAACAGAGCCGUGAAGGGAUCGGAUGUCGUAACGUGGUCUGGAAAAAGGCGGUGACAGUAUGGCACAUGGUGCCGCAACGGCAGGCAACGGAGAGUCAGUGCCUCUCCACGGGGGCUUGGGAUGUGACGCAGACCGAUCGCCGCCAGGUGCCGACGAAUGUGGGCCGCUGGGAAUGUUGUGGGUUUCUGUUCGCGCUCGUUGCGGAUUCUCCCGGAGGUCGGUUGCCUGUCUGUCCCCAUUCCCUCUACCGGCGUUGGCUCUUUGUAAGGGCCAGUCGUACUCUGCUCAUGCUCCGGUGCUCGGUCGAGUGGCGCGACCGUCGCAGCCUGUGGGGUUUAGGCGUUGUCACAUGUGCGUCUGCUUUGUUCAGUGCCUUCUCACAGCGCGACCAAGACGACACACAGGCUCGCAGCGUUAGAGGACGGCAUGGUGGCCCGGGCACUCGGCGCUGGCGACGGACGUGGCGACCAUCAUUUUUGGCCGUUGGCAGCCUGAGACGGCGUCUGCUCGGAGUCCCUAGUUCGGCAGGGCAGGAACGCGACAUGAGGACGUGCUCCCUGUACGCUGGUUGAGUUCGCAUGAGUGGUACGCGAAAACGCGCCGCUGCAUUUCGCCACGAAACGCGGCCGAACAGGAGAGCCAGGGAGAUUGGCGAGAGAAUCAGAAACGGACGGGGGGAUGUGGCUUCGGCGAUUCUUGGUCUGCAGCUGUGACGGAGAUUGGAUCCACGGAAUGUAGUCCUAGAUAGCGUCAACGGCAGGUUACAAGCCAGCAGGGGAGCAAUGAGGUCAUGGAGACACUAGACCGACGCUGCAGACGUGACACUCCUGUGCGUGCGUCGUCUUCCAAAGUGUAGUGUUUUUACGAUCGUGUGCCCCAAACAAGAUAACGAGUGGCACAAGCUGAGUGGUCAAUCAAGAGUGGAGGAUACGGAGAUGUGGGAGCGCAGCUUCACUACAACCCACGUGAAAAAUCAACACCAGCGCCCUCCGACUGCCACCAGUCAACGAGUCCAGGGUAUCAUCCCUCGAGUUUGCAGCCGAGCGAGCCCGACCUCGACAUGGGCGAGUAUGUGGAUUUCCGCUUCCGUACGAAAAAAGGAAAGCACGUAUCGACCAGGAGACAGUGCUUGCUUUCUGUGCCCGUGCUGGGUCGCUCAUGUACGAAAGAAACAAAAGCAGUGGGCGGAUGAGGGGAAGUUCAGCGGUGAAAGGAAACGACGUCCAGUGUGCAUCGAGAAGCGCAUUCUGUGUGCUGAAGCGAAAUUACAGAUGUGUGGAAUAUGCGCAACUCCUUGAUUUGGCAGCUCCAAUUUUUCCGUGGAAAUGCGCACUACGGAAGGAAGAGUCAGAUGGACUGCAUGUGGGCUAUUGGGCAGAUGCUACAUGCGUCCAGAGAUAACUGUGUCCAAAGGCUUAGUUGUUCUCGAAGAGGUGAGUGUGGCGAAUCUGGUGCCACAGUAAGCGGAGAGUCCCGUUGUCGAAGGAGUGAAAGACGCAGGUACGGAUUCGUGCCGGGGGGUUCGUUCGUUGAUAGAGUUGAACGGUGCAUGCGUUCUCCUGAUCAAGAGAUCAGAGCAGUCAUUUUGAAGCGUUUGGAGGACCACGUCGCUAAAGAGUGAGUGUUGAGUUGCGGGUCCUGAAGAACGCUGGCCGUGCCGAAGGCACAGGUACGCAUGCAACACGGUUGGCGGUAGGCCGCUAAUCGAUGAACACCGACAAUCCAGAACAACAAAUUAAGAAGAUGCCUUUUAAAGCCCAAGUGAGCCCACCGGGAGUUCAGUUUCUACUUUUUCUUGAGGCACAUGUCAAUGUGUCUCAGGGGAGUGUUUUCGGCAAACAGACUGACGGUUUAGGGAACGGGUACAUGUUGUCACGUAUUCAUGCACUCUUGCUACAUCGUCAAACUACAGCGAGGCAGGGGACGCCUGUCGGCCGCUCUACAUGAUAGAAUGCCCUGUCCUUGUUCUUGGUUCCUGCAUGAAGUACUCGGCAGUUUUUCUGAACCAACUGACUCCUGGCAUUGUCCUUGUUGAGAUUGCCGACAUGUUGGCCUGAAGGCGUGACCAUUUCAGGCUUACA